GAUUUUCCGUGGUCACGGCUACGUCCGUGCGUUUCCUGCAGCUCUGUGUCAAUAUGAGUAUUUAAACGACACCGUGGUCCAACGAAAACAGUUAUUCAGGUAAUUUUAUAUGUAACACGUAACGCGUUACGAUCGAUCGCGCACUAUUCACACGUAUCUGGCACAUUGCGUAAAUCGACCAUCGUAUUCAUAUUCAUUGUUUUGCUGCUGCAGUACCACGCGUUACAGUACUACGUUCUCGCUCGAACGGUUAAAAAAUGUUUUCAAGUCUCACAAGCAAAGAGCGCCAGAACGUCUUAAACGAAUUUCCCGAAUUAUCGCCGAAUUUGAUAAAACGUUACGAGAAAACAUUUACGAGAUACGACACGGAUAACGACGGGUAUUUGGACGUUGAAGACCUUAAAGGCAUGAUGAUGGUACGCGGUGUACCGUGGAGCCACUCGGCAAUUAUACGGCUGAUCCGAGACGCAGACGAAGAUGGCGAUGGGAAACUGAGUUUUCGCGAAUUUCUGAUUACUCAGCGCAAAAACGCGGAAUGGGCUCGCCGAGUGUUGUGCGCUCUGCCUGAGAUCGACGUGGGCCGCGUAGGCGUCAAAGGAGCCAAAAAAUACUUCGAAGCCAAACAGCUGCUGUCGACUGCACCGCAUAUUAAACAUGUAUCGCAUUAGAACGCAUUGAAAUAAAGUUUUCGUCGUUCGCACAUGCACGUAUUAAUUACGGUAUUAAUUAUAAUAUAAUAUCAAUAGAGGUAAUACGAUAAAGCGUUGUACAACGUUUAGUCCGUCUUAAACGCGUAUGCUUAAAUUACAUCCAUAGUUUUUAACGCGGUCCGUGUACCGGAAGAAUACGAUUUAGUUGUUAUUACCAUUAUCGAUUACCCAACACUUCAACACUGUGCAAUAAUAAUGUGUAACAUUUCGAACCGGUCAAUCGUACCGUGUGAUUUUUUUUUUCUUGUCCAUAACAACAUUUAGUGUCGAUAACGCUCUAACAGUAAGAUGUAUGUUUUUUGUAACAAUUAUUAUCAUGUAGAAACCAAAAUUUGAUGAAUAAAA